UGUUGUUUACCCUGUCAAAAACAGCUCUUUUCAGAGCAACUCGUUUUGUUGCAUGCUGCUUUAAAUGCAAAUUAGCUCUGCUGACCCCUCCCCUCUCUUCUGUGGGGUUAAACUUGCUAACUAGCACAUUAUUAGGACAGGCAAUUAGUAAAGAUUCACAAAUAAAUAAAAAUGAUACUCACAAAUUAUUUGUGCGAACAUAGAUGUAUUUAGUUAGAACCAGGUUGCAUUCCCUUCAAAAACAAAUGUAAUCCACUGCGUCUUCAGCGGCUAAGAUGACGGGAGUAAAUGAAGACUGCUAUGUUCAUUAUUACAUCCUAACAACAAAGCACCUUAUCCCUUAGGAGACAUUCUUACAUCUGCUCCAGUGUCGAAACAAUGGAAGGACUGUUGACAGCUCACUCAGGGUGGUCUUAGGUAAAACGCUAGUGUAAAUCAACAAUCGUGAGAGCCACCAGGGUCUGUGUGACAUCACACAGCCAAGCAUCUGAGAACAGCUUGAUUUGAGAAAAGGGUUAAUAUUCAUUUGAAUUAUAAAAAACACAGGGUGGAUUUUUAUCAUUAUAGGGUGGAUGUGUACACACACAGCCAACACACAUUUAUGUUCAAAUGACAUGUCAAAGUGAAUUUUGUAUCCAAUGGCCCCUUUAAGAAACUAUGAAAAUCUACUUAUUAAUUAAAAAAAUUAAGAAAUUCAGAAAAAUAAAAAAAUAAUUAUCACUAAAGAAAAUAAAGAGAGAAACUGACAAGCCAUUUUUCAUCUGCUCUUAAUCUGGCGCCAUUACAUUGCACUUUUUUCUUUGAGCCUGAUAGAUGUGCCAGGGCCUACUCUUUGUAACUGUCCCUAAAUAGCUCACACACAUACACACACAGUUUGCAACCAUAUGAAACAAGACUCCCUGCCCUGUUGCUUGACGCAGACAUUUGGAUUCCCACCCCAUUCCACAGUGGAAUAUAGGGCUCUAUUUAUAGGGCUGGUGGAGCUCCUGGCCCUGAGCUCGGCAAAACGCACUCAUUAAAACACUUUCCCAAGUACACUUCAACUCAAAGCCCAGCGCUCGCCAGUGUGUGUGAGAGUGGAAAGCGUGCUAGUGAGAGUAAGAAAUCAGAGAAGGUAAUCAGUGUUAAAAGAAGAAGAAAGUUUGAAGAAACUGGAGAAGAAGAAACCGGAUUCCAUCGCAUGUGGAAUAUUUACUGGAUCUUGCUAAUCUUGAUAAGAAGAGAUACUUCGGCUAAAGCAGCAUCUUGAAGGUUGACUUGUGUGGAACUUCUUGAGGUCACCAUCAGCUGACGAAUACCACAGAACAAGACCUGCGAGGACAAGGUGACUAUGUAAAGACUCAAGCUGUAAGGUGUCCUAGAGAGCCAUUGACUGGAAUUGGGAACUUUAUGUAAAUAACAGCAAUGAUUUGAAUUUAACAGCCAAUUCUCUUUUGGUCAUUCUAUUGCUUUUGCUAUAGUCUUUUGUCUUCAAAUUCCUUUUCACAGAGACACCAUACAGAGUUUUUACUGUAAUACGAUCCUACACACUCUCCAGUAAUUAUAAAGCAGAGCUGGGAAGCAGUAAAGGAGGUUUGUCAUUAAGGCUGGCUAAAUAAAGAGGCAGGCAAAGGGCAAGGUUUGUGGAUUGGGCCGUGGAAGUGCAGUGACACUCAUCUGAUUCACCGAGGUCCACCCAAAGCUUCCCAUGGACCCCCAAGGAGGCCAUUAUCUAAACAGGGCAGCAGUACUGUCUGGAGUCGGCGCUGCCCGGAUGUGCCAGCUGCUUCUAGGUUGCACCACCAUGGCCUUGGUGGCCCACAGUGCAGGUUUCAGUGCCACCUACGGGACCUACUGCAUGUUCGUCUGGUGUUUCUGCUUUGCCGUCACACUGGUGGUCUUCACUCUGGACGUGACGAGGCUACACGGGUGUAUGCCCAUCUCCUGGGACAACUUCACUGUGGCCUUCUCCAUGUUGGCCACUCUCAUGUAUGUCACGGCUUCGAUAGUCUACCCCGUCUACUUCCUCAGGUCCGAGUGCCCAUCCGAGGGCUGCGAGGUGCGCAACUAUCGCAUCGCCGUCACCGUCUGCUCCAGCGUCUGCUGCUUCGCCUACGGGGCCGAGGUGUUUAUCACACGGGCCAAGCCGGGCCACGUGGUCGGCUACAUGGCCACUGUGUCUGGUCUGCUCAAGGUGGUCCAAGCCUUCAUAGCCUGCAUCAUCUUCGGCGCUCUGGCCAAUGACAGUGAAUAUAACCGCCACAUCCCUACUCAGUACUGCGUGGUGGUCUACAGCCUGUGCUUCGCUGUAACUGUGGUGGUGGUGGCCCUGACUGUCUCGGGUAGAACGUCUUCACUGCGCUUCCCUUUUGACCGCUUUGUGGUCAUCUACACCUUCCUUGCAAUGCUGCUGUAUCUGAGUGCUGCUGUGGUCUGGCCGGUUUUUAGUUUUGAUAAGAAGUAUGGCACCCCGGGGCGACCAAAAGACUGUCUGAGAGGAAAGUGCCCAUGGGACAGCAAGCUGGUGAUCGCCGUGUUCACUUGUGCCAACCUGGUGCUGUACUUCACCGAUCUGGUUUACUCUCAAAGAAUACGAUUUGUCUCACAUUCAGCUGCGUAAGACCAGCUCAUCUCCAGAAUGGUGGACAUAUGAAUACUGGAAACAAGGCUUGAAAAUGUUGUGACAUACAGCCAUGUUAGUAAAGUACAGCAGUGUGUACUUGUAGAGUUUUAAAAUACUCUGGAUUUUUGUAAUUUUGUUGAUUAGAAUGAACAUGUCUAGACUUUCCAACUGCAAUUCUUACUCCAAUUGAUUUUUUUUUCUUUGUGUUACUUGGUAAAGUUUUUACUUUAGAAUGAAAUCAAAGCAAGCUUAGACUCUAUUCCAAUGUACCAACUGACCUCUCUGACAAUAUCUCUCCUCAAUUCAUUGACACUGUAAGACUUAAAUGGAUAGUUCAACAAAACAUGUACAUUCUGCCAUUGUUUACUUUUUAUUCGAUUUAAAGUUUAUUACUUCUGUAGAACACAAAGGAAGAUAUUCUGAAAAUGUUUUGGUGAUUGUAUUGGACAAAAACAUUAUAUUAUGUUCUACAGAAAUUCAUAGAGUUUAGGGAUGACAUGAGGGUGGGUAAAAGAUGACAUAUUAUUUUAAACUAUACCUUCAAGUAUGUUUUUUGUUGUUGCUGUUGUUGUUUUUAUAAUUUAAUGCAUAUGAUGUUAUAGGUUAUAUGUCCCAAUAUCAUUAUUAUUAUUAUUACUAUUAUUAUUAUCAUUAUCAUUCGAUUACUAAUAUGGUAAUGCUUAUAUCUGGAAAUUAUAAUUUCUAACACAGACUUGGUCAGCUGCUUAUCCAAACAAGAGAGAUCUGUAACCUCUGACUAAAAGAAGAGUAUAAUUUUAUUUUAUUUUAUUUUAGCCCAGAAAGCAAUCUCUGCAUAUCUGGUCAACGUACCAAGACUCCAAUAAAAGUUCAGAUUAUUAUUAUUAUUUUUUUAUAGCAUGUGACAAUAUAUUGUUACUUAUUUCCAAUGCAUUAAAAUCAAUCAAAAUAUGUUGGUAAUUAAACUGCAUUCUUUUGUGCCCAUAUCAGUUUCUUUCUUUU